GACAGAUAGAUUGAAAUGACUUAAGUCAUGUUUUAAAUAUUAGAUAUUCAGACAAACCUGCUUGAAUGAGGUUUUAAAGGUGCAACUGAAUGUUUUAUUAAAUAAGCAUAGACACUGGAUGAAAUUAUGUUUUGCAAGGUCAAAUAGCAUUCAGUGUAGGCAGUCCAGACCGAUGCACGAUGGAAAAUGUAAUCACUCUAAAUUUAACUGGAGACAUACCAGUGUGGCACACAGUGAUUUCCCUGCCUCACAAAUGACCAAAAUAUGCCGUAAUUUUAAAAUGCAUUCAAAUAUCUUGUCAUCUCUCUGUGUCUCAUCCUUGUUGUCACUCCCUCAUCCCCUCCCUCACUUUGUUAGCCUUUCUCAAGGUUACUUUAGUUCAUUGGGAGUGUCUUAUUGUACCACGUGACCGUGAUGCAAAGUUACUCUGUGUCAAAGCUGUGCUCAGCUGCAGCGACGUGGCUACAUGGCGUGAUGUACCAAAGGCUCUCUUGAAAUAAAUCAGUAUUUAAAAAAAAAAAAAAAAAAAAAUCAUGAAAACACCCAUUGACAUGCUUUACUCACUAUCAGUUUAGCCUAGGUUACACGUGCGAUUUUUAUAUAAAAAUAUGAAUUUGAAUGCCCAAAUUAUAUCAUAGAUUUCAGGUCUAACUUCAGAGAAUUUCAUGAGCAUUUUGUAAUAAAUAUGAGAAUAAGAAGAAGAUUGAGUUUGUAGGUUAGCAACCAGAAGACACAAUUCAUCCCCAGUAACCUUGGCGUCGAUCGCAUCUCCUGUUCGACCUAUAAACCCUUUAAUUUCAGCAGGGGUGUCUGCCAUUGCGCAGCAGCCAACUAGGUGAAGGUGGAAAAUCCAGCAGGAGGAAAGAUGCUUCAUUAGGCCGUCGGGGUCUGUUUCCUCAGUCAACACACUCCGAAAGCUGCACAAGCUGUAAAACCCGCUGGACAUCGCCAUCCCCUGCUCUGCUCUCCCACUGUGGUGUGUCUCAGAUAUAUUGUCGCCCCCCCUUCCUUAAUCUCCCAGAUUGCCGGCGACUUGCUGCAGUCGAUGCUGCAGUUCUGAGCCGCUCCUGCACCGGGACAGCUGACUCAAUGAGAAAGACAUGCUCGCAUUCGUUCUGGUCUCUGGGUCGCUCUGGAUUAUUUUAGAGCUGAGUUCCACCCUGAUGGAGAAGAUGCAGGCCCAGGAGAUGAUGAGCGGCCUGAGGAUACCGGAGAUGGACGAUAUCGGCCAGUUCUUCCGCUCCCUGCCAACAUCCACGCUGGUGGGCAUCGGCGCUCUGACGGCCGUGCUGGCGUACUGGCUGGCCACCAGACCCCGCCCCAUCAAACCACCCUGCAGCCUUCUGCACCAGUCUGAGGAGGUGCCGCAUGAAGAUGGAGGUCGCCGGUCCAUGAUGGGCGACAGUUCCAAGCUGCUGAGUCAUUACCAUGACGACGCCAGGACCAUGUACGAGGUCUUCCAGAGAGGCCUCCACAUAUCUGGUGAUGGACCUUGCUUAGGCUCGCGGCUCCCUAACCAGCCUUACAAAUGGAUGUCCUACAAAGAGGUGACAGCCCGGGCCGAGCAUCUGGGUUCAGGAUUGCUGCACCAAGGCUGCCAGCCCAACCCCAACCAGUUCAUAGGAGUGUUUGCCCAGAACCGGCCAGAGUGGAUCAUCUCAGAACUAGCUUGCUACACCUACUCCAUGGUGGUGGUUCCCCUUUAUGACACUCUGGGCCCAGACGCCAUACGGUUCAUCAUUAAUACUGCUGACAUCUCCACGGUCAUCUGCGACAAAGUAGAGAAAGCUGAGGUGCUGCUGGACAACGUUGAGCGGAAGGAGACUCCAGGCCUGCAAAGAAUCAUCCUGAUGGAUGCCUUCGACUCUGCCCUCAUGGAGCGCGGCAAGGACUGCAGCGUCCAUGUGCAGGCCAUACAGGAAGUCGAGGCUCUGGGCAGAGAGCACUACAGAAAACCUAUACCACCAGCACCGGACGACCUGUCUAUUGUGUGUUUCACCAGUGGAACCACAGGAAACCCAAAGGGAGUCAUGCUUACCCAUGGGAACGUGGUAGCUGAUUUCUCAGGCUUCCUCAAAGUAACAGAUAAAGUCAUUUUCCCCAACCAAGAUGAUUGCCUCAUUUCCUUCCUGCCACUGGCCCACAUGUUUGAGAGGCUCAUCGAGUCUGUGGUUUACUGCCAUGGAGGGCGGAUCGGCUUCUAUCAGGGCGACAUCCGUCUCCUCCCAGAUGACAUGAAGGCCCUACGGCCUACCAUUUUCCCUGUGGUGCCUCGACUACUCAACCGCAUGUACGACAAGAUCUUCAGCCAGGCUAACAGCCCAUUGAAGCGUUGGCUGCUCAACUUUGCUGCUAAGAGAAAAGGUGCUGAAGUCAGCAGCGGGAUCAUUCGCAGUGACAGCAUCUGGGACAAAAUCUUCUUCAGUAAGAUUCAGGCCAGCCUGGGAGGAAGGUUGAGGAUGAUUAUAACUGGAGCGGCUCCUACCUCGCCCAGUGUCCUGGGAUUCCUCAGAGCAGCUCUGGGAUGCCAGGUGUAUGAGGCGUAUGGCCAGACAGAGUGCACAGCUGGCUGCACCUUCACCACACCUGGAGACUGGACCCCAGGUCACGUCGGGGCUCCGCUGCCAUGUAACCUCAUUAAACUGGUGGAUGUUCCUGAGAAGAACUACUUUGCCUCUAAGGGAGAGGGAGAGGUUUGUGUGAAGGGACCAAAUGUCUUUAAGGGCUACCUCAAAGAUCCAGAGAGGACAGCCGAGACGCUGGAUGCAGACGGCUGGCUCCACACCGGAGACAUUGGAAAAUGGUUACCUAAUGGCACACUGAAGAUCAUUGACAGGAAGAAGCAUAUCUUCAAGUUGGCGCAGGGCGAGUACAUCUCCCCUGAGAAGAUCGAGAACAUCUACAUUAGAAGUGAACCUGUGGCACAGCUCUAUGUUCAUGGAGACAGUCUGCAGUCCUGUUUGGUGGGCAUUGUGGUUCCUGACCCUGAAGUCAUGCCCGAAUGGGCCAAGAAGAAAGGCAUAUUAGGUACCUACAAGGACCUCUGUAAAAACACGGAACUAAAGAAAGCAAUCCUUGAAGACUUGGUACGUCUGGGCAAGGGCAGUGGCCUCCACUCCUUUGAGCAGGUGAAGAACAUCUACGUCCACAACGAGAUGUUCUCCAUUGAAAACGGUCUCCUGACUCCAACACUAAAGGCCAAGAGACCGGAGCUGAAGGAGUUCUUCAAGGGGAAGAUCGACCAGCUCUACAGCAGCAUCUCCAUGUGAAGGCCAGCGGACCUCAUUUUCCCUUAAGCAUCUUAACACUAAGGUCCGCUUUGACCAUUGACCUGCAGUGGUCAAAGAUGCGACACCUUAGGCUCAACAUGCUUUUGGAAAUCAAGCCAAACCUGGCUCUACUGUGGAAGAUUUAGAGUGUGAAAACAAAAACACAUCAAACAAAGAAAUAAAGUGAAAUACAAGGCACAUUGUCAUAUGUAUUUCCUUUUUAUGUAUGUUUACUGUGUCAUAAAUACAUGAAAACAUAUAUUAAAGAGAUAGUUAUUUAGCUUUGUGGUCUUUAAUAACUGAAUGAUUUGAUUUUCAUUGUGACAUGAAUUUUCCUGCUGCAUUAAAAAAAAGAUUAUAGGAUGGAUGAAUUUUGCUGUACAUUAUGUUACUACUACUGAUAGUCAGCUGUCACUUAAAACUUUUAAAAUUACUGUAUGAGGAGACCUACUGUGAGUGGCCUUUUGUACCUGGAAGUUAUUUAUUGGCAAAAACUUCUAGACUUUGUGCUUUCGUAAGCAGUUGUAAAGUUACGUACUGCAAAAUUUAUCCAUCCUGAAGUCUCACACCCAUUGUCCUGUCCUCAAGCUGUGAUUGGACAGUUGGUUGUUCCUUUCCAUUUUGACAUUGACAAUGUGUUUUUUUUUUCUUUCUUUCUUUCUUUUUUUUUUAAAAGUGAGAAGUCAUGACAGUGCUAUGCAUUAAGUAUUGGCAGGUUUACUCUGCUACCUGUCAGACAACACUAAUGCAGUACACCUCUUUGUUUUGUGUGUUAUGAUUUGUAAUUGAUACAUCAUGGAAAAUUCAUGUCACAAUGAAGAACAAGACAAAAAGCUAAGUAAUUGUCCUAUAUACAUGUUUUUCAUUCAAUUAUGACAUAUUAAAAAAUACACAUAUAACAAUGUGUAUUGUUUUUCAUGUUCUUUGUUUGAUUCGUUUUUCAUUAAGCCAUGUUAAAUCUUCCAUAUACUGCUACCUGCUAUCCACCCAAACAAACCAUCAAAUACUCUGUCCCCAGCAGCAGAAACUCAUCAGCACUUUUACGUUGAAAAAUCCAUCCCUACUUCCUGUCACUCUGCUUCUCUUCUCUCCUCCGUUAGUUUAAACCUACCAGCCAAACACAACCGAGU